AUGGCAACACUCAUAAAAACCAUCUGGCGUGGAUAUGGUUUUAUUUUCGACGAACUUGCAGAUCCCAGAACGAAAACAUGGUUCCUCGUUGCAAAACCUUAUCAAGGACUGUGCAUCCUCGGUUUAUAUCUGCUUUUCGUUCUGAAAGUAGGACCUAACUGGAUGAAAAAUAGACCACCAUUCAAUGUAGACAAACUUAUGAUAAUACAUAAUCUAAUACAAGUAUUAGCUUGUGGGUAUACGUUCUACGAGAUGAUUGUAUAUGCUUGGGGAUGGAAAUACAAAUGGUUCUGUGAACCGAUCGACUACAGUGACAGUCAAGAUGCACUAAGAGCCGCUAACUUCGUUUAUCACUACUAUAUGCUGAAGUAUCUUGACCUAAUAGAUACGGUAUUCUUUGUGCUAAGGAAGAAAUUCAACCAAGUGUCAUUCCUCCAUGUCUACCACCAUACCGGUAUGGUGAUGUUGAUUUGGGGUGCUAGCACUUACUUCCCAGGUGGUCAUGGAACAUUAGUCGGCAUGGUGAACUCCUUUGUACACGUCGUGAUGUAUAGCUAUUACCUCCUAACAGUUGCUGUUCCCAGCGUUAAGAAAUCCAUAUGGUGGAAAAAACAUAUUACGCAAUUGCAAAUCAUACAACUAGCAUGGUGCUGUCUACACAUGCUGGUGUUAGUCUUCAAACCAGACUGCGCUUAUCCACGUUGGAUUGCCAUUGUCUUUCUUCCAAACGACCUCUUCAUGUUGACACUUUUCUUAGACUUCUACAUAAAGACAUACAUCAGAAAACCCAAAGCAAAACCCACUGAAACAAUAGACAGUUUAAAUAAGGAGAAAACAUUCGAAGAAAGUAUUGUAAGACAACGAAAGCCUAAUUUUGAAAAUGACCUUGUGAGGCAGUUAUGA